CCCCCAAUCACAGCUGAUCGCAUCAGUCAUCUCCUCGUCAGUGCCAGUCAGUGCUGCCUAUCAGUGCCAGUCAGUGUUUCCUAUCAGAGCCAUCAGUCAGUGUUGCCUAUCAGUGCUAGUCAGUGCCCCUAUCAGUGCCCAUCAGUGCCAUCCAACAGUUACAAUCAGUGCCGUCUGUCAGUGCCAGUCAGUGCCACCUAUCAUUACCAUAUACUGUAUGAGUGCUGCCUUUCAGUGCCCAUCAGUGAUGCCUGUCAAUGCCCACAAGUGAUGCCU